AUGUCGCUCAACGAAUUUCUGGGCGAUAGCACUUUCGGUUCUUGGGCAGAUGAAAUGGAUUCCCUCCCGUCAGCUCCUGCCAUCAGGACUGAUGAAGAACGGCUUUCUCGUUCUAAUGAUCGGUUCAGCCGACGGGACGACGCUAUUCAACGGUCCGAUCGCCAGUUUAUCUCACCCCGCGAAGAUGUUCCGCUUCCAACUCGCCCCCCUUACACAGUUUUUGUUGGAAACCUCACUUUCGAUAUAACCGAAAACGAAUUAGAGACGUUCUUCGGCCCCCAUGAGAUCAAGUCAGUCAAAAUUAUUAAAGACCGUGACGAAAAACCCAAAGGCUUUGGUUACGUCGAAUUUACUGAAUUAGACUCUUUGAAGGAUGCCUUGACAAGGACAGGCACGAACUUGUCUGGGAGGACCGUUCGAGUGAGCGUUGCGGAGCCACCAAAAGAACGGUCUGCUUUUGCUGGUGGGGAAGAUGACGCAAAAUUCUCUGGUAGUUGGCGUCGGGAAGUUCCCCCGCCUAGCUCUGGAGGACCUCGUGAUUCGUCGCGACGGCGCUUUGAAGGCCCCGUGGGUGAACGUAUGCCCCCUCCGCCGAGUGUUUCCGAUGAGGCCAGUGAUUGGAGGUCAUCACGGCCUUUCACAAAAGUGCCUGAACCAGACGUACUUCCUAGUAGUCGAAGAGGUUCCGGGCUGUCCACUCCAGAGGGUCAACCUUCUCCUGCCGAUAGAGACGAGCACUGGUCGAUGGGUAGCAAAUUCAGGCCAAGCUUGGCUGACGAAGUGCCGUCUGGAAGGUUUGGCAGCUUAAGGGGCAGAUAUGAAUCAUUUCAGGCAAAGGAUGGCGGCCCUGACGAAGGGGACUGGCGUGGCGGGCGGGCAAGGGCUCAGGGAGGCACCUCGCCAAGCAGUUCAACUCCCCCGACCCCCCAGCUCAGCCGCAAAAAACUGGAGCUACUUCCUCGCUCCUCCACUAGUUCCACUACUCCAUCUCCGUUGUCUUCGCCUAAGAUGUCCUCCAAUCCUCCCGUCCCAAAAGCAAAUCCGUUUGGCGCUGCGAAACCUGUUGACGUCUCCUCCAAGGAACGAGAAGUCGUGGCUCGCCUCGAGAAGGAACGCGAGGCAAUCAAGGAGCGUGUACCGCAACAUUCCAUGUCUCGCACGAGCUCCCGGCAAGCAACUGAGCGAUCUGGUGCUACGAGAACAACACCACCCCAAGCCGUCAGCAGCCCUACCACAUCUCAUUCACCCAUUUCGACAUCAUCGAACGUGAGACCUUCAUUUAGCUUCGCCAACGCAGCUAGCAAAAAAGUGCCGACAGUGAACAGUGAUGGCAGAAGGGAUGGUGAAGGGGGGUUGGUAACUACUACAGAAGGGGUAGUACAGGAUUCCGUCUAG